ACCCAGAAUCUUCAGAGAGGACCAAUAAUCGAUUAUCACUUGUUGACAAUCGAUUAUCUGGGUUACCGUUGUCCUCCAACGGAUAGAAUUUUAAAUUUUUGGACAGGGAAUCUUUGGAUAAUCGAUUAUCAUGACCUUUCACUUUGUGAUGGCUAUUUUCCACGGUUAAAGUGUGAGUUACCGGUUUGAGAUAGGGAAAUAUGUAAAGAGUAGAGGGAAAGAAGAACACCGCAAUGUAUACUGGUUCACCACCUCGUGUAUACAUGUGCACAUUACUAUACUUUUUUGGUAAUGUAUAUGACCAUGUUUGGUAAUGUAAGUCAUAUUUCGAGAAUAAAAACAUGAAAGUCCUAUUUUAAUAUAUUUUUAAUCUUUUAAUUCUCUUUAGCUCCAAUCUCUCCAACCAUACCCAAUUUAGCAAAUCGCAAUUCAUCACCACACCGAUGGAGCAACGGCUGAAAGCCUGACCGCAAACUCGCCGACUAUUCCCCGAUGUCGACGGAUGCUUAUGGCGGCGCGCGAUCCGGCGGAAAAAUAGUCAACAGAAGGCGCUGGAGAUUCUCAAAAUCCACCCCGUACGACCGGCCACCUCCGCCACUAGCUCCGGAAAGCCCCAAUUGGCUCACCGGCGUCGUGUUUCCCGCCACCCGUACGAUUGUCUCCGGUGCAGCUAAGUUGCUGUCAUCCGUAUUUGACUCUUCCUCUUCCUCUUCUUCUUCCUCAGCUUCUGAUUCGUCUUCAUCUCCUGACAGCAAUAGUAUAGACGAGGAUGACAUCAACGAUGACCAUGACAACCAAUUACUAGAAGAGACAGAAUGUGCUGCAACAGAUGCUGAACACUGUCAAGGAAUGAGUAAGAGCAAAUGUUUAAUUGAGAAGCUACUUAUGAGGGAAACUUUUUCGAGGGCAGAGUGUGAUAAGUUUAUAACUUUGAUAAACUCAAGAGCUGUGGAUUCACCAAUGCUUGAUUAUGGCCUUCAACAUGGAGUACCUUAUGGAAGCUCUGUGGCAGGUACCUUUGAUCCUUGCAGUAAAGCUAUUACUGAAGCUAGGGAAUGGGUAAAAAACAAGAAAGAUGAAUUGCAUUUAGUUCCAUUAAUUGUUGACCGAGAUUGUAGUCCAAGAUCUUUUGUAACUGAAAAUAUGGAAAAGGAAGAUGGCUCUCCAAUGUAUGUAGCAAAAUCUUAUAUGAAAACUCGUCCUCCAUGGGCGUCUCCUCAUGAUGAAUAUCACACAAGAACUCCAUCAAUGAUGUCAAAGCUCCUCAGUGAGGGGACUUCUUUCCCCGGCAGUGAUGAUUCUAUGUCCUCAUCAAGGAGAAAGAAUGCUCUUGCAUCUGGAUCAUGGAAUAUAUAUGAGGAGAUAAGAAGAGUACGUUCAAAAGCUACAGAUGACAUGCUACACUCCCUCUCAUCCAAAAAAAGCGACCUUCCAUUAUUGUCAGAACAGAGAAUGAAGAGAAAAACUUUGAUUGGUGAUAGGACUACUUUGGGGGACAGAGCACAUGCCCCUGGUUCUUUAUCUUAUUUAUCUAAAAGCUCGACACCUGCACUGGCCACUGAUAUUGGCUUAUCUGAGACCGGACAAGUUGUGGGAGAGUCUGUAAAUGUGAUAUUAGAUUCACCAGGAUUAAGUAUACAGGAAGCACAGGGUAAUGACCAAGUUGAAGUUGCUGGUGAACCUGCUGCUUUCAAGUCUCAUCAGCCUAGUGGUCUUGUUCUCGUUUCAGAAAACGUCCACGAUCCUGAAUCAUCAAAUAAUAUAAUGGAAAAUGACGUGCCACCCUUGGAAACUAGUUCGCGUGGAGCUGGAGAACAUCAGCUGAUGCAAACCAACAUGAUUAAAACCCUGGAAAGACCAAAUAAUGAUGAUGAUGCUCAAGCUGUGCAGGUUAAGUGUGAAUUUCUAAGUGAGGCUUUUGUUGAAGUGCCUAAUAACGGCAAUGAGAUGAGCUAGUAAAGCAGACGGUUAGUAGUUCUCCAAGCUCUCACCCAAAUAGUUCUAACCAUGCUUCUGUAGCCAUUUCCUCCACAGAGCAACAACCCUAUUUUAUUUAUUAGUCUUUCUCCACUCCCAUUAUUAUUGAAGACUAAACUAGAGUAUAAUAUGUUGACAUGAAUAAAACCUAGUUUGUUAU